UGGGUGUGGCCCGUCGUCCUCGACUGCGUCUGGGCAGGCGGGGAGCGGGGCGACGACCGGUCCCCCCUCGCCGCCCGGGCCCACUCGGUGGCCGCCGUGUGCUUCGCCCACGCGGGGGCGCGGGGCCGCAGCGGCGAGGUUGCGAAGUACCUGUCGGUGGGCAUCCUGGCCUGCGUUGCCGCGCCGCAGCAG